AUAGUAUAGCCGCGUUAUUGGAAACUUGGCACCAGUGGUGAACAUUUUGACGUAACAGAGACAAUUUGGGUUCAACAAGACUCAUACGAACGUAAUAACUCGUCGAAAACGCCAGAUACAUAGAAAACUUGGUGCUGUGAAGUGUAUUUUUUGAAUAAUUUUUUACCAUCUCGAAGUCACGAGAACGCGAUUUUAAUAGUGAGCGAUUUUCGGGUAAUUUUUGUGUUAAUCAAAUCGGUGAAAUGGGGGGCAUUGCGUGGAGCCAACCCCAACUCGAAGAAGGAGUUCGAGAAAAUCCUGUCGAAGAGGAGAUUCGAGACAAUCCUAUCGAAGAAGAACCCCUUCAAGAAGCAGAUACAAUAAACGAUGGAGUGGCGGAUCAAGAUGCCAGGAAAGAGAAAUAUAAACAGGAUAUGGAGAAUUUCAAACAAAUGCUGCAAAAGAAAAGAGAGGAACGCAAACAAGCCAUUACCAAGAUAUCAGAAGAAAUGAACGAGUUGAGGAAAAACACCGAUGAUUUGGAAAAAGAACGUACUCUUCGGAUAGGCUUGGAAAAACAAGUCAAAGCUUUAAAGGAGGUUUCCAUCGUUAGCAAUGAAAUGUUACAGUUGCGAGAAACUCAGGUAGCUGAAUUAAAAAAACGUCUAAACAAUUUGGAGACCACUGCAGAAGAGAAUCUGACAAGUUUACGUAGCCAGUAUGAGAAUCAAAUUGAAAACAUCCGUAAGCUAAGGCAGCUGUAUGAAGAACGAGCCGAAGCUGCGGCUCGAGGCCAUGAAAAAGAAAUGGAAAAAGAACGCGCUAAAAAUACAUUAUUGGAAUUGAAACUAGAAGAGCAUGCCAACGAUGCGGCAACAAUUCAACAACUUAAUGAGAAAAUCGACGAGCUCGAGAAGAAAGUUAGCGAGAAGGAGUUGGAAAACGAAGAAUUAAAGGAGCUACGUAGUUCGCUUGUUGCUGAAUGCAACAAUCUUACAUCUCAGCUUACCCUCAUCAAUAAUUUAUUCUCAAACAUGCUAACAGGUGACAUGGACUUCGACCUGUUGACCCAGUUGUUGCAAGACAAUCAUAACUUGAUCACUGAUCUGAUUGCUAAUGGAGAUAUCAACGAUACUGCCGCUUUAUUGGUCAAUAUCGCCGAAAAAACGUACAAGAAACAAGAAAACAUCCCAACAGUUUCAACCAAUACUAAACAAGAGAUCGCUACCAAUUUACCCAAAGUUUGGAGAAUGCUAAUUGAGCUGUUGAGCAGUCACGAAGAAUCCAGCCACGUUGUUCAAGGUACCUCGGAUGAAUGCUACAAGCAUGUCAAAACUCCCACAGGUUCCAGAACUGUGAUCAGUGUUAGUCAAACGUUUCUUCGUUUAAAAGAUCUAAUUUUGGAGAAAAACAGCCUUGUCAAAGAAGUAGGCAGAUUGAAGACCCUGAAUGGGCAUUUGGAGAACCGGCUGGAUCAGCAAGAGAAACGUUUGGGUGUUGUGUCAUCAGAGCUGAAGAAAACUUGGGGCAUUGUUAGCAAGCUCAAAGUGCAGCAUAGGCAGCUACACACGCAUGAGAAAAUUCUCAGAUACGAAUUGCAGCACAAACGUCAAAUGCUAACCGAUCUGAAGCACGAGCUGGAGUACUGUAGAGAGACCUGGGAUCGAGCUAAGGAGAAGAAUACUCAGAAUGAGCAUGAUUGGGAACUCCUGCGAAAAGAGUUUGCCUUGAGGAAGUCCAGAGAUACCAGUAAUUCAACGGAGAGUGGUUAUGAAGAUGAUGAAAACUCACAGUCGCCAGAUAUUUCAACUAGUGAGCUGGAGUAUGAUUUAUCUGAUAGUCAGAAGUCCAGUGAGAUGAAUAGUCCUUCGAUUGAGCUGGAAGAUGCAGCUUCUGACGCUACUGUUAUCGAAUUGAUUGAUAUGUUGGAGUUUGAGGAUGAAUCUCAGGGACAAGAUGAUGAUAAAAUGAUCCAUGAAAAGUCACCUGAAGGCUGUCUAGGUCAGGGAGGAUCUUCUGAAGGCUGUGUGGAUUCUGAGAGACUUCAAGGGACUAGUUCAGAGAUCUCCGAAGAUGAUAGGGUGACUGGUGGAUUUCAUGUUUCUGAAUCGGAAUCAUUAGAAGGCUACGAAAUACUUGAUGCAUCUCAGGUAACGCUUCCGGAAGCAACUGAAUCGUUGGUUUCAGAAAAUCCCUCAGAGAACUUGGCAGAUCCAAUGAGAUCUUCAACAGAAGAGCUCAAAUCUCCAGAAAAUUUGGCAGAUUCCAUUAGAUCAUCAUCACCAGUCCUUGAAUCUCCAGAAAACACAGCAGAUCCAAUGAGAUCUUCAUCACAAACUCUUGAAUCUCCAGAAAACACAGCAGAUCCAAUGAGAUCUUCAGUAACAGUGCAAGAAUCUCUAGAAAACUCAGCAGAUCCAAUCAGAUCUUCAGCAACAAUGCAAGAAUCUCCAGAAACCCCAGCAGAUCCCAUCAGAUCAUCCUCAAAGACACUCGAAUCAUUGGAAUCUGCCACAGAUUCAUUGAGAUCUCCCACAUUUGAAUCCUCAUCAGUCAAUGUUGCAGAUUCAUCAAUAAGUUCUGCAACCAGUCCAACAGAAUCUCCCAAAGACUGCACAAAUUCAUCGAGAUCUCCCUCAGUAUCAUCAGAAUCACCUGAUCACUGCCCCGAAUUGAGAUCUCUUUCCGAAACUCGUCUCAGAUCUGAAUCCUGCGACGAGCCCCAACAAUCGAUCUCCAGUUCCAGUGCUGACCAAACUACUAAACCAUUCGUGAAACGUAAAAGUUCAGAAGAAAUUCUAGAAGCUAGAGCAGCCAGAUUACGCCGCCUAGAACACCAAUGCCAAUCACUUUUGAAUCAAAUGGCAUUGACUUCGUUGAGAAGUGACACAUUAUCUACAAGACUGGAAGAGCUCCAUGAACAAUAUGGUUCGGAGGAUAGACCAGAAAGACGCCCACAAUCCGAAAAUACCACCGAGGAACAGACUGUUUCACAAGCUUCUACUGCAGAAUCGGACUCGAGAGAGAAUCGUCUACAGCAAAUGGAAGAAAACUGUAUCAAGAUGUUGGAAAAUGUCGCCGAUGGAGCCGAAUUAAACGUCAGGCUCGAGAACAUUUGCGUUUCUAGUCACGAAUCGAACCCUUCAAACGAAGCCGUUGACACAGCUAACGAAUGUGAUAACUUUGUUAACGAAUCCACUCAAUAAAGUGCAUUCGCUUGUUAACGAUUGUGUGAGAGAAACGCAGCUAGAGAGAUGUUGCAAAUGACAUCGUAUAAAUGUUAUGUACAUUUAUAUAUACGAGACGACGUGAUAUUUUCUAUUUUAUGAUGUAAAGUGCUCGUUAACAUUUGCCCGCGCGUAUUUAUUGUUGAAUAUUUUUUCCGAUUUAAUUCGGAAGAGCUUAUAUCUUCCUUUCUCUAUCUCUCUAUUUAUUUUUUUAAAUCGUAUUUUGUUACCUGUUUGUUUUUAUUUUUAAAACAUUUUUUUCCGUUUAAUUCACUCCUUUUAGAAUUUGUACCCUUUUACUAAUAAAAACCAUGUUUUUUCAGUA